AUGAGGCUCAACGCCAUCAUCCUCGUUACUGGUCUUCUAGCUUUUGCAAACGCUGAUCUAGUCGCCCGCAAGGACAUUGAUUACAACAAAGGCGCUCCCGAGUCACACGGCGUUAUUGGCAAGGCUGGUGACGACGCAUGCAAUCGAUCUGUCGUCAACAGGGAUGCGUCAAGGCUCCUCAAGACUGCGACAAGUGGGAGCUUACUGAACGUGACACAGCAUCUGCUGGUUCCGCGAUUGCCGAUUCAGAUAGCAUUGCUGUGGGCGACCAACAGUCUCCUCCGAUCGACCAUUGUCAAGUCUGCCGGGCCGCUGUCUACACGUGCCAACAGAACUGCCGCGGUGACAAGGCUUGCGAAACAACAUGUAGUUGUCCCGUCACCGACCAGGAUAGCUGUCACAAGUGCUCGACUACCACCUGUUCUACCACUGCUCAAGCAGCAGACACCAAUGACCCCGAGUCACCCCCAAUUGACCAUUGCCAAGUCUGCCGGUCCGCCAUCUACGCCUGUCAACAAAACUGCAAUGGUGACCAGGCAUGCAAGACAGGGUGCCUAUGCCCCAGCACUGAGCGGGAAAGCUGCGGCAAGUGCCAGUCCUUCAAUUGUCCGAGCUCUUAGAGUCAAGCGGCCGUUGAUGUUCCUUCGUUAUGGGCGGCCAUAG